GGGCUGGCGUGGGCCGAAGAGCGAUCGGGGAGGGCCGGUCACCCCUCCCCUGCCCCUGGCCGCGCGUCUCGGCCCUUCGCCUGCCGUUGAAGCCCGUCGGCCGUCAAGGCCUCGAACGGCGUUUGCGAUCGUCAGAAGAGCAAGAUGCUGCCAACCACUUCAGUUAAUUCUCGGAGCCAGGGCAACGGUGCGCUGAGCCCCAGAGAUGCUGCGAGGCACACAGCUGGGGCAAAACGCUACAAGUACCUGCGGAGGCUCUUCCACUUCCGACAGAUGGACUUCGAGUUUGCUCUUUGGCAGAUGCUUUACCUGUUUACUUCACCACAGAGGGUUUAUAGGAACUUUCACUACAGAAAACAGACGAAGGACCAAUGGGCAAGAGAUGAUCCUGCUUUCUUAGUGCUUCUCAGUAUCUGGCUCUGCGUGUCUACUGUAGGAUUUGGAUUUGUGCUGGACAUGGGUUUUUUUGAAACAAUAAAGCUGCUACUUUGGGUUGUAUUCAUAGACUGCGUAGGCGUUGGCCUCCUGAUUGCGACUCUAAUGUGGUUCAUUUCUAAUAAGUACUUGGUGAAGCAGCAGAACAGAGACUAUGAUGUGGAGUGGGGAUAUGCCUUUGAUGUUCAUCUGAAUGCUUUCUAUCCACUUCUAGUCAUUUUGCAUUUUAUCCAGCUGUUUUUCAUCAACUAUGUCAUCAUAUCUGAUUCUGUCAUUGGGUAUUUUGUUGGGAAUACAUUAUGGCUGAUUGCAAUCGGCUAUUACAUCUAUGUGACAUUCCUAGGAUACAGUGCAUUGCCCUUUUUGAAGAACACAGCUAUUCUUUUGUAUCCGUUUGCACUUCUCAUCAUGCUCUAUUUGAUCUCACUGGCAUGUGGAUGGAACUUCACCAAGAUGCUUUGUUCUUUUUAUAAAUACAGAGUGAAAUAAAACCAGGACUUCAUGUA